CCACUGUUUCAAUUUGCAAAUGUUGAAUUUCUACUUGUUCCUGAGUUGGGUCCGUUGCAAGCUCAGGCUUGCCUUUCAAUUCACCCGCUCCGCUCCUCUCAUUGCAGACGAUGUCGAGCAGUGUCGAGCGGUCUUGCAGGAGUGUCUCCUCGACGAUUCCCGUCGAUCAACUUAUCUCAACAACCUUGCCAACAGCCUUCGGCAAAGGUUCCAGCAGCAGGGAGAAAUGUCUGACCUGUCUGAGUCCAUCGAGCUCCAUCGAGCUGCACUAGCGCUCUGUUCCCCUGACCAUUCAGAUCGAUCCUUAUCUCUUAACAGCCUUGCCACUAGCCUUCGAGACAGGUUUCGGCAGCGGGGAGACAUAUCUGACCUGUCAGAGUCCAUCGAGCUCCAUCGAGCUGCAUUGGUGCUCUGUCUCCCUGGCCAUCCUGAUCGACCCAUGUCUCUCAAUGGCCUUGGCAACAGCCUUCGGGAAAGGUUCCGGAAGCAGGGAGACAUACCUGACCUGUUUGAGUCCAUCGAGCUCCAUCAAGCUGCACUGGCGCUCUGUCCCCCUAGCCAUCCUGAUCGAUCCUUGUCUCUCAACGGCCUUGCUCUCAGCCUUGCAUACAGGUUCGAGGAGCGGGGCGUCCUGUCUGACCUGUCUGAUGCCAUUGAGCUCCAUCGAGCUGCACUGGCGCUCCGUCCCACUGAACAUCCUGACCGAUCCAUUUCUCUCAACAACCUUGCCCUCGUCCUUGGAGACAAAUUCCAGCAGCAGGGCACGUUGUCUGACCUGAACGAGGCCAUUGAGCUUCAUCGUGAUGCACUACUUCUCCGUCCCCCUGGCCAUUCUGAUCGAUUCAUAUCUCUCAACAACCUUGCCAUGUGCCUUGAAGAACAAUUCCAGCAGCUGGGAAGGUUGUCUGACUUGGAUGAUGCCAUCGAGCACCAUCGAGCUGCACUGCUGCUCUGUCCCCCUGGCCAUCCUCAUCGAUCCGGAUCGCUCAACAACAUUGCCGUCUGCCUUGAAAGCAGAUUUCAGCAUCAGGGAAUGUUGUCUAACCUGGAUGAGGCCAUUGAGCUCCAUCGAGCUGCACUGGAGCUCCGGCCUCUUGGCCAUCCGGGGUGUACUGACCUGGAUGACGCAAUCGAGCUCCAUCGAGCUGCACUGGUGUUCAUUCUCCCUGGUCAUUUUCACCAUUCUUCAUCUCUCAGUAAUCUUGCCAUCAGCCUUCACGACAGAUUCCAACAUCGGGGCAACUUGUCUGACCUCGAUGAGGCUAUCGUCCUCCAUCGAGCUGCGCUGCUGCACCGUCCUCCCGAUCAUUUGAAUCGGUCGACAACUCUCAACAACCUUGCCACGAGCCUCCGAGACAGAUUCCUGCAACGGGGUAUGCCGUCAGAUCUUGAUGAGGCCAUCGAGCUCCAUCGAGCUGCACUACUGCUCCGUCCCCCUGGCCAUUCUGAUCGAUCCAUGUCUCUCAGCAACCUUGCAGCCGACCUUCAAGAAAUAUUCGUGCAGCGCGGCAUCCCGUUCGACUUAGAUGAGUCCAUUGAGCACCAUCGAGCUCCAUUGGAACUCCGUCCUGCUGGCCAUUCUGAUCGACCCUCAUCUCUCAACAACGUGGCCAAUAGCCUUCACAUCCGAUUCAUGCACCGUGGCGUCCUGCCUGACCUGGAUGAGUCCAUUAAGCUCUAUCGAGCGGCCUUGCAGGAGUGUCCACCUGCCCAUUCUGAUCGAUCUUCGUGUCUCAACAAUCUCGCCAGCAGCCUUCGGGAGAGAUUCCAGCACCGGGAGGUCCUGUCUGACCUAGAUGAGUCCAUUGAACUCCAUCGAGCCGCACUGGGGCUUCGUCCUGCUGGCCAUUCUGAUCGGUCCACGUCUCUCAAUAACCUUGCUACGAGCCUUCAAGAGAGAUCUUUGCGGCAGGGUGUGCUGUCCGACCUUAAUGAGGCUAUUGAGUUUCAUCGAGCUGCUCUAAUGUUCUGUCCCCCUGACCAUUCUCAUCGAUCCUUGUCCCUCAAUAAGCUUGCCGCUAGCCUUCGAGACAGAUUUAGGUGGAGGGGAAAUCUGUCUGACAUAGAUGAGUCCAUUGAACUCCAUCGAGCUGCGUUGAAUCUCUGCCCUCUUGGCCAUUCUGGUCGAUCAGCGUCUAUCAAUAACUUGGUCCUCAGUCUUCGAGACAGAUUUCAUCGGCGAGAUCUAUCAUCAGACUUGGACGAGUCAUUCAGCCUUUAUUCACAACUCUCCCAAAUAUCUCAUCCAGCCUCUCGCAAAGAUCUUCAUGCUGCCAUAUCAUGGGUCUCUUUCGCUGAGCAAUUCAAACAUAGCUCUGCAUUGGUUGCCUAUCAGACCGCCUUGAAAUUCCUCGAUCAGCACCUCACAAUUAUGUUGUUUUCCCCACACCAUUUUGAUGCAGUCAGGGAGGACACUGUAUCCCUCGCAAUGGAUGCUUUCUCGUAUAGUGUUCGUCACGGUGCUUUGAUGACUGCUGUGGAACUGGUGGAGCAAGGUCGCGCAGUAUUUUGGGCCCAGUUGGCACGCUUUCGCACACCACUGGAUGAACUUUCUGCCCAGGGUGACGGCGCCAAUGUCUUGGCGGAAGAGUUCAACCGUCUUAGCUUUAGCCUUCGUAACGCGUUAGAUGCGUCUACCGGAGACCAGUCCCCGCAAAUCCGGCAGCUGGCCAUGCAGUGGAAUGACGCCAUCUCCCGCAUUCGCAUGCUUGCAGGCUUUCCCCAUUUUCUUCUGCCUCCGCUCUUCUCUGAUCUCCGGAUGGCCGCAGAGGAGGGGCCAGUCAUCAUUGUAAAUGCAAGCAAGUACAGCUGCGACGUCUUGAUCAUCCUGAGUGCCCAAGAUCCCAUCCAUGUUCCACUUGAUGUUGAACAAGCCGAUAUCUCCGAGUGGUCCUCUGAGUUCCAGUCCCUCACAAAGCAUGGCGGUUCCUCUGAUCAUCAGCUUGAAACAUACCAGAUUGUCGACGUCCUUCGCAAUCUUUGGAACUAUAUUGUUGGCCCUGUAGUUCAAGUUCUCAGGGAGCUGAUUGAUCCUGGCUCACGCAUCUGGUGGUGUCCUACUGCUGAGUUCACGCUGCUUCCUCUACAUGCAGCAGGACCAUACGAGAAGAACAACCAGAAUUUGUCGGACAUUUAUAUCUCCACUUAUACCCCCACUUUGGCGGCACUCAUUCGUGCCAGACAGCAAGCCUCUCGAGACGCGUCUGAUUCGCAUUUUAUUGCCAUUGGUCAAGCCACUCCGAAAGCAGGGAAGCCACUUCAGCAUGUCACUGCUGAGCUAGCCGUUGUCGCUCAGCGUGUCGCGCCUACAUUGUCCUUUACAUUACUCGCGGACAGCGAUGCCACAGUCCAAGGAGCAUUAGAUGCACUAAGCCAUAACCAAUGGCUUCACCUCGCCUGUCAUGGCUUUCCAAAUCGACGACAACCAUUUAGCUCUUCCUUCGCAAUGCGCGAUGGGCGUUUGACGAUCAGGGACAUCAUCCGAUCUAGCGGGCAGGAUCCGGAGUUUGCAUUCUUAUCAGCUUGCCACACCACCGUGGGUGAUUGGUCGAGGCCCGAUGAAGCUAUCCAUCUCGCUGCUGCAAUGCAAUUCUCCGGAUUUCGCAGUGUGGUAGGUUCUAUGUGGUCUGUCGAUGAUGAUGCCGCAUACCAGAUUGUUUCUGCGUUUUACAAGAACAUGGUUGAUGAUACAGGGAGAUUGGACUGCAAGCGUGCUGCCGUAGCGUUGCACAAGGCUGUGAAGAAAUUGCGCAAGAAGAUUCCACUGGAACAACAAAUCGUAUUUAUUCACAUAGGCAUAUAGUUUGAUAU